UCCUUUGAAGAUCAGCGAAGAACGUGUGGAAAACCUGAUGUGUUCUAAUACUAUACGAUUUGAUAGUUUACCCAAAAAAACUCAGGCAUUAAAAGAGGAUUUUAUGAAAUGCUCUCCAAAUAGAAACUCGACUCUUAUUGUCUGUGUCUCUAAACUGUUUCCAUUUGAGAAGAAAUUUUUGCCACAAAAUAGACAAAGAGCUCUGACUCAAGAGGAGAUUAUAAAUCGUCGCAAACUUAAAGAAUUAGAAGAGAAAUCUGACAAUAAAUUGGAAACAAAUGCCCAAAAAGAGGAUAAUAUAGAGAUAACUGAAACCAAUGACGAAAAUAAUAAGCAGAUGGACGAUAACGACAAGGUUUUCAUAGCAUUCGCGCGAGUAUUUAGUGGAAGUAUUAGAAGUGGUGAUACAGUCUAUGUUUUGGGUCCCAAACAUAAUCCCAACAAAAUUGAUGACAAUAUAGAAAUUGAUUCCAAUUUAACGGUUAGUGAAUUGUCUUCCGAUCAACACAUCACUAAAUGUCAAAUAAAAGACUUAUAUAUUUUGAUGGGAAGAGAACUCGAGAGCGCUAACGAAGUUUGUGCCGGAAAUAUAUUAGGAAUCGGAGGCCUUGAGAAUCACAUAUUAAAAUCGGGAACCCUUUCCAGCACUAUAUACUGUCCACCAUUUAUAGACUUACAUUUAACUACAAGUAUUCCUAUACUUCGUGUGGCGUUAGAACCACAGAAUCCAUCAGAAAUGCCAAAACUUGUAAAUGCGUUGAAAAUGCUUAACCAAUCGGAUCCAUGUGUUGACGUGAAAAUUCAAGAGACAGGCGAACAUGUGAUCGUUACCACCGGUGAAGUGCAUCUGCAACGUUGUAUCACAGACUUGACCCAAUUCUCGUCCAUCGAUAUAAACUGUUCGGAACCGAUAGUGCCCUUCAGAGAGACAAUAGUGGAACCGCCGAAGUUAGACAUGACUAACGAACUUAUUUCCGCUCAAAGACCCGCUUCCGGCACUUCAAACACAACUGACGGACGCAUUGAAUUAUAUACUGUGAAUAAAAAGUCCAAAAUUAGGUUUAUUGCCAAACCAUUGCCACAAGAAGUAUGUAAACUAUUAGAACAAAACACCAGUCUUUUGAAAAUAAUUACAAGAACUCAACGAAAAUCAGCGGAAUUUUGCGAACAGAUAACUGAAAAGACAUUGAAUUCGAUCCAAGAGUUACGCUCGCGUUUGAAGACAGCGUUUAUUGAGGCGAAAUGGCCCGAAGAGACAGUCGACCAGAUUUGGUCAAUUGGUCCAAAAUAUUGUGGAACUAAUCUAUUGCUGAGUAGAAUUCCAGAUUUUAAUGAUAAUAAUGUUUUGCAACAAAUAUUGUCAAAGGAUAACGAAAUUAGAAACCAAUAUGAAAAUAGUUUUGUCAGUGGUUUCCAAUUGGCGACUCUCGCCGGACCGCUCUGUGAUGAACCGCUUAUGAGUGUUUGCUUUAUAGCUGAAGAGUGGGCCGUUUCUAGCGAUAACUUAGACCUAAAUAGUGGUCAAAUCAUGUCAACAGUGAAGGAAUGUUGCCGAAGGAGUUUUCAGGCUCAGCCCCAGCGCUUAAUGGCAGCAAUGUUUUCAUGCUCUAUACAAGUAGAUAACGAUGCCUUAGUACUGACCGUAAACUCUGAUUCCGGCCACUCUGGCAUAGGGCGGGUGAUUGUGAGUAUAGGGGCCUUCGAACUGAGCCGAAUCGGGACACCGACACACCAUAACAUAGUGAGCUUUACCACUGCGUUCGCUCUG